CCGCCGUCCAUCCUCAGACGUUGUCCUCGCCCCUCGUUCUUUGACUUUCGAACCUUUGUAGUCUACCUCAGUACAGAAAAUUUGAGCAAUGUCAGGACCAGCUACGACGGCGGCUACUUCUCGCUUCCAGGCGUUCUUGAACCACCCAGCAGGCCCUAAGACUGUCUUCUUUUGGGCGCCGAUGAUGAAGUGGUGCUUGGUUGCUGCGGGCUUGAAGGAUUUGCAGCGCCCACCGGAGAAACUGAGUGUGUCACAAAACCUUGCCUUGAUGGCUACGGGUGUGAUCUGGGUCCGAUACUCCUUCGUUAUCACGCCAGUUAACUACAGUCUUGCUGCAGUCAACUUUUUCGUUGGAGCGACUGGUGCGGGGCAACUGGUUCGUAUCUGGAACUACCGACGACAAAAUCCAGAGGCUACAAAGGCUUAGUUGUCUUGUUCCUGUCCUCGGGGUUUCCGCUAUAUAUUAUGCAUAUCUUUCUGUUCACCUCGCUGCGCGACGUCUCGUGUCGUGUCAGAUCCGAGACUUCCUGGACGUCCCGUACCCUAUUCGGUUGCAACACUGCCGAAAGGAGCCCACCCUGUAUAUUCGUCACUGUAUCGUCCUGCACUAGCGCCCUACCGAUUUGGAGACGAUACCGCGUAGAGCGCACAACGCGCAGGCUCCAUCGGCUUCCUGACCUGCCUCGGGAUAUAUCCGAGACAUGAACAGUGACAAGACAGACUUGGUCCUUCCCUGUACUCAAGUAUGUAGCAUAUAGGCAACAACCGUACGUCAC